UUUGAGAACACUUUAAUGAUCAAUAAUUGUUAUCAGAACAUAUCAGAGAUAUUAUUCUGACCGAGCUUCAUAAUGAUGCCAAUACUUUUCUACUUUUACUUGAGUAACAUUUUGAUUUCAGGACUUUUACUUACGUAACAGAGUAUUCCUACACUGGUACUUCUACUUUUUACUACAGAAAAGUACUUCUCCCAGCUCUGAUCGAAAGUGAAAGCAAGACGGAUGUCGCCAUAGUGCUGCUGUGUUUAGAGCAAACAGUCUACUGUUCAGGGAGACAAUGCCGCGCGGUAUUGAGUUCAUCACAGAAGUCACUGUCCUGAUUGAUGAAGAUUAUUACAAAGGUUAUGGAAGAUUAAAAGAGAUUCUUCAACAUUACGAUCAUAAGAAGAUAGCUCACGGCUACACCGUGACGGGCACCUUCGAGGAGUUGGACAAACUUAGGGUAAAACUGUCAGAAGUGAGGCGUCCAGCCUCCCCCGUCACAAAGGGGCAGAUAAAACCUGUGGAUGUAUCCGGGGUAGUUAUGGCCUACAUUAAGGAAAAAUGUGCAAGAGAGCUUGAGAAAAUACUAGGGAAUCAUUUUGAAAUAGUGCACGAUAAAACCAGCAGGACAGAACAGGUGACUUUCAGAUCACACCAGGGGUCCCCAAAGCCUGUUCAUGCCGACUUUGUCCGGCAGAGAUUCAUCACAUUCUACCAGAAGACUGCCUCCGACCUGCAGGUCACAUCUGUCUCUGUGAGUCCGCACAGCCUGAAAGACCUGCAGAGGGGAUUUCCACGUCUGCUUUUUGAACCCCCACCAACAAGCUCCAGCAGACAUGCAGUCUCAGUGACCGGGCCUUUUGUGCACAUUGCUCAAUUGAAAGAGUUCCUUUCACAAAAUACACCAAGCCCGAGCAAGAGUCCAGGGAGCAAAGGUCGGAGAGACACUUCGAGCAGCGGGACCUCAGGCCCUUCAUCUACACAAAACAAAGAUCCUGAAGUAGAAGCUUGUCCAAUCUGUAUGGAAGCGAUAGCAAAUGCAGACAAAAAGACUCUACCCUGCAAACACUCGUUCUGCAGAGACUGUCUGAAGACAGCGUUUGACUACAAGCCGGUAUGCCCGACGUGUGGAAAGCUAUACGGCACUUUGACGGGGACACAGCCGGAUGGAGGCAAAAUGAAUUCCACCAAAAGCUCUUCAUCUUUGCCUGGAUACGAGAAUUGUGGAACAAUAACGAUCAAUUAUUACAUUCCAAGUGGCAUCCAAAAGGAGGGGCAUCCUAAUCCCGGGCAGCCGUAUGAGGGGGCGUCCCGCACGGCCUACCUCCCGGACUGCUCAGAUGGCAGAAGGAUCCUGAAGCUGCUGACUCGGGCCUUCGAUCAGAAACUCAUCUUCACAGUCGGUCGCUCCACCACCAGCGGCAGGAACAACAUCGUCACCUGGAAUGAUAUUCACCACAAAACAUCCACACAUGGAGGACCGACUCACUAUGGAUACCCGGACCCUUAUUAUCUCAGCCGAGUUCAAGAUGAACUGAAAGUCAAGGGAAUUGAAUGAGAUUCAUUAAGGUUUGUUAACAAUGUGGAGAUCAGAUUCCAUAUUAAAAUGACCAAGUGAUAAGCACUACACACUAAAGGGGAAGCUGAUGUAAUUUGAUUGUAAUAUGAUUCUCCUAAUUACCAAUCAACCAUGGCUUUAACUGUCUUUAUAGCUGACUUUAUUUGUAAUGUUUUGAUUAUUGUAUGUUGAUUUAUUAUGUUGGAAAAUGUCUUUUUUUGAACUCACUGAACAAUAUAUGCCAAUUCCUCUGCUGUAGGUUCUGUAGAAUGUCGCAUGUGUAUGCAGUCUCAUUUAUUGCUGAUGGAAGUAGUAUUAGAAGUGAUAAAAUAUUGUGUUAGAUCUGGGGGAUUGAAUUACCAUUACCAGCCUUUCAGAUUUUUCUGCUACUAACCAGUCACAACAUACUCUGACUGUCACAGUCACUGGCACAGAAGAAAGGCGGAGGGUGAUAUUGAAAUGAAUUGUAUUGUCAUUAAACACAUUUAGUUC